AUGUUUGGCCGCAGGAACAUGGCCCGAACAAAUGAUUUGUGGGAGAGGGAUGUGCACUGCGACGAGAAGGAAGAAAAUGUUGCGAGACGACCACCACCACAAGGCCGGAGUGAAGUUGUGUUUUGUCCACUUGCGCGAGGGCAGCCUGCCACCUGGUCGGUUAGGCGGAUUAUUUUUUUUUGCGUCGUUGCGCUCUCUUUUUAUUCCGCUGCGUUUUCUUGCGGAACUGCGAAGGGAGAUUUGCAAGAAAUUUCUGCGAGGCGUCCAUGCCGUCGUCGGAAAAGCGGAUUCCCCCUUGAAAAACGCUACUUUUUAAAUUUGUUUUGGGCGGGGAGUUCCUGUCGAUUCACUGCGACUUUGUUUUGCGGAUUUGAUGCGUGUGUUUCCGAGCGGUUUGAUCUGUGCUCCCAGCCCACUCGGAUGUGGUGUGCGCGUCGACGUGAAGGUGCCUGCCAGCCGUUUUAUUGCCUCCCCCGCUGUGGC